AACUAGUUUAUUGUAUACCUGUUUUGUGUAUUUGAAAAAGCUUGUUUUGAAGCCACAAAGUACACCCAAGUCGUUUAAGGCUUUUAUAAAAGCCACAACAACAACAAGAGAACAAAUCAUGAAAUUGCGGUUACAGAACGUUUUCAUUCUAGACUUGAUAUAUUUUCCAAUAUGCGUCGGUCAUGUUUUUGAGGCACUCCUGUUUAGAAAAAAUCGAAAACAUUUUCACAGUACUUUUACAAACUGCCGAAAAAUUCCUCAAAGUAGUAGCGAGACAUGUAUUUGAUAUAAGUUCUGGAACUGCGUAUAAUUCUCCGAUCUUAAGCGCAACACUUAAACUUAAAUCUGAAAACUUGCUUCCCCUCAAUCAUACAAUUGAAAAGUGCUGUUAUCUACUUUAAUCUUCGUUAAACAGAUAAAACUUAUAGUUAUCCACCUCGCUUUAUAAUCUUAAAUCUGUUUCUGUCAAUAUUCCGUCUUUUAGGCAUCAAACAAUUUGUGUUUUGGUUAAUGGUUAGAGUUACACAAAAGCUAUUAGUUCCGUCCGUGUGUCAACUUAUCAGAUAUUAAAAUUAAGCUAUUUUUUCCCCUUUCAGGUGUGUCGCGACACAUUGCCAGUUAAAGUUUUGUUUGGCUGUAUCAACCCGUGAGCAGCGGCCAGUAUUGAACAGAGCUUAAGUCCGCCGCUCUCAUGAAGCAGAGAAGUCUCUUCUCCAAUGUCAAAAGCACUUACGGUUCUCAAGGUGUUUUUUUCGCUGGUGUCCAUAAACUCAACCGAGAAGCCAUCUUCCGUUAGCUCCAGUUCCACCGGCCCAAGUCGUUCUACUCUUGCCACAACAAAAUUAACGCCAAACGUUUUCCAAGGCACGGCGCAUGUUGGGCGAGCAUUCCGAAUUCCUAUCCCUCAACAGACUAUUGAUGCUGUGAACGGUGAAAUUAAAAACCCUCGCUUUACAAUGAAGACAUCUAACAAUGGAAAGAUUCUUCAAACCUCGUGGGUACAGUUUGAUGCAAAAAGUCGGGAGGUUUAUGGCUUUCCUCUUCCAGGCAACGUGGGCACCUUCACUUAUAAAGUCGUUGUCGACAGCGUUAAAGGAGAUUUGAAAUAUGAAAUUAUUUUCAAGCUUCGUGUGAAAGAGGACGGCAUUGAGUACAGCCAUGAAUUGAUUUUAACUACAGGAACAAAUUUUCAGCGGUUUAUGACAAACGUGGAAAUGAGAAUUGACUUCGCCACGAAGUUGGCACGCUAUUGUUUCAACGAAAAACCAGCCAAAAUCUUGGUCAAGUCGUUUAACAAAGCAUCGAGAAAUAUGACUAUUGUAUUUGCGAAUAUUCCUUAUUCUCCUUGUAAUGAAGACACUUACAGCAAGCUUAGAUCGAGGAUACUUGACGAAGAAACAAACGUCAUUGAGCAGAAGUUUCAAAAUGCGCUCACUACAAGAUUUCCAAUCGAAAGUGCGCACUUCAAAUUCUUUGGAGCCUGCGAUCCCAAAUUGUUCGGACCAGACCCUCCUUUUCAAUGGGGUUGGUUGGCACAUUUUAUACCUGUUGCUAUUCUUCUGUCUGUGGUAGGAAUCCCGGUUACUAUUUCUUGUUUAGUGAAAAGGAGCAAAACUAAACGCCCUGUUGUCCAAGAGAAGAGAACACCUCGAACGCUGCGGCGAAGAAACGAAGACGGUACAAUGGACUUCACUUCGCACACUGUACAUUUUAACAACCGUUACCCCUCGAUGCUGUCAGUAUCUAAUAACUCUAAGGAAGACGGCGUAGGAGAGGACGGGAAAGAUCAUGGUGGAAAGGCGAAUAUUCCAAAUGGUAGUCCCUCGAGUAAACAUUUGACAGUACCAAACGCGACAGGAGGUCACCCCAGGCAAGGAACGGCGGCGGCAACAGACAGAACCAAAAAUUCUGCCGAUCAAAAUAACCCGUUCAAAUUUCCUUUCAACGUAAAGGACAGAGCAUCGUUCAACGUCCGAGCCAUGUGGGAUGAUGAUGACGACGACACAGAGCGACCCCCCCUGGACAUUCCUGUUUAUUACACGUACAGGAACAAUGACGAGGAAGAACCGUCCAUGUUGAAUGCGGUACUCGACAUGAAUUUUUCCGACAUCGCAGGAAACAUUUCUACAAAACUGAAAGGUGUUAAGUCAAUGUUGAACAUUUCCCAAGCGGAAACUGCGGAGAGACAAGAGGCAACAAAACCUUUCGGCGAAAGCUCAACUUCUGGGCUAAGUUUAUCGUCGAAACUGAAAGAUUUGGGAAAGUCUAUGCUUAACAUUUCUGCACCAACAAACGAAUCAGUGGGGGCAACAUCAGCCGGGCAAACAACGCUGCCUUCUCUCUCAAAUAAGCUACGAGAUUUUGGGAAAUCUAUGUUGAACAUAUCCAUAGGCGCACAAAGCGACGACAAGAAAGAUUCCGAGAACAGUGAAGAAUGUCAGAAAACUAGCUUCGAUGAUUCUGAUGACAGCGAAUCGUACAUUUACAAGCCUCGAGAAUACGAAGAUGUACGAAGUGAGCGACAACGUUACGAAGACGCACGAAGGCGUCCCGAUUUCACGAGAGACGACGGUUCUGUCCAUCGGCAGUCUAUUUGUCGUCAAAGUAACGCGUCAGAGUAUGAACUCUCCCAGUAUAUCCCAGCUCGCCGACACAGUUCCACCUCUGAUAAUCAACAAAGAAUUCUUUCCCAAGGCCGCCGCCAUAGCAUAAGUUCUGAUUAUCACCAGAGAACUCAAGAACACUUUGAUAACUAUGAUUAUGAUUUCGGCGAAGGUGAGCGGAAGAGUAAUAGAAGAGCUUCUAGGGAGAGCGACUUUGACGAAUACCCUGAUUCUCUGUUUGACGCACCCAGUGAGCAAGGCCUUGAAGAUAAGAUCGACCACGAAAAAUCGAUUUUUGACACAGAUUUUGAUGAUGAACACACGCCCUGUAUCACCAAGCCGACGCCCAUUUGGAAUCACGUCUCGGCCGUCAAGAGUCGGGGUGGCCUGGGCAUAGAAAGUUUUCCUCUGAUCGAGGUCAAGUACCAAGACUACACAAAUCCGCACCAGUACACCAAUGGCCGUGUGCCGCGCGGCAAACCAUCUUACAGCGCACUGGGCUCUAACAGCUACUCUAGCCAAUCAACGCUUGACUUUUGGGACGAUGAAGAGUACGAGAGGAGGAAUAGCUGGAAAAGUUCGUUGAGGGCGAAAGACGACUUCUUCACUUCGUUCAAUACCUCUGUGCCAGAUUUGAGGCGUGGGAAGAGUAAAGGAGGAAUUCCAAACGGAACUAAACCACAGAGCAAAAGUAAAGCGAGUCUAGGAAAAUCACUUCUCCCAAAUGUCGGGUCACUAUUUUCACGGGACUCGCGGGACGUGCGGGAUACCCGAGAGAAGCCACCGGUUGUGUUCACACUUGGCGAUGAUGACGAAGAAGACGAACGAGAACAAGAAAUGGAAAGAGACAAUUCCAUGGUUGGUCUGAUCAAAACCAAAGUUUCCAGCUUGCUGGAGCCAGACGGGAAUGUAUCGAAAUGGUUCUCUGGUUUUAACAAAAGCGACAAUCCAGUUACGUAGUAAGAGAGAACAAAAAUUAAUUUUUGCAUGUUAGUUUUCUAGAUGAAAAGGCCUUUUGUUCCCGUGCUUGUUCACACACAGGAGUGCAAAAUCUCUCGUGAGCUAAAAAGCAUUUGGGGUGAGGCUAAAGUGAGACAAAUAACUCAAAAAUGGCGUGAGAUCGAAUGGGGGUAAUGUCCAGGCGAUUAAAGAAAAUGCUCCCUGAAACGCUAGCUGGCUUUAAGCUUCAAAACCAACUUACACAGAGUUAUAGGAUAAGUUUGUAAAUAGCCGCAAUUUGAACAUUCGCAAGCAAAUUUUCCGAGCGGAAACUCCGUUGCAUUCAGACAUCGAGUAAACGAGAGAAUAAAAAGUAAUGUUCAAGCUAGUUUUCAGUGCGCAUGACCACUUUCACCUUGCCACUGACCGUGGUAAAGUUAGUCUUAAAUCACUGUUGACAUGAUUGGUGUUUGGUGUUUCAGUAAAGCUUUGCAGUUGUUGGGUGCGAGAUUUUUUUUACAGUAGUUAGAACUUACGUUAAUCCACUGUAUUUAAAACAAUGUAAACAGAGUUCGAAUUAGCAAAAUUCAUUAUUUGCGCUUGAUGCUCUCGACUUCUUUUGCAAUUCUGAUUAGUUUUUACUUUGGAUAAAAUUAUUCAUUGCUCAAGGUGAUUCAAAAAUGAACCAAGGGCAAAAGACGAACUUUCUCGCGAGCUUUUAUUCACUGAAAUUGACAUAAUUUAAGGAAUUUUUCAUUCUUCUGUGAAAUACGAGUAGCACAUU